AACUGGCAGCUGGCAGUAAAUUGUCAAAAAUUGCAAAUUUUGCUUUGUUUUGAAUACAUACGUGCACUUAUUCAAGAUUUAUUUUCUAUUAUUAAAUCGUAAUUAUUGUGUAAAUUAAUAAUAUACUAGAUAAGUAAAUUUUCCAAGAUCUCAGAGCUUUUAGGGUGAUAAUCUCCUAGACGAAUAAAUCAGGAAAUGUGUUAGACUGAAUAGUACUUGUAAAUAUAAAAUUACACAAUGGGAAAUCAGCUUGUGGGGGUUGCACCGUCGCAGAUUUAUCCUGUAGAACAUUACCUGAGUGACCAUGUGGACCUAUCGUUCGACCAGAGCCUCGGUUCUACCCGGUUCUUGAAGGUAGCUCGUGCUAGAUCCCGUGAGGGACUUGUGGUUGUAAAGGUGUUUGCGGUUCACGAUCCUUCGCUCCCGUUAGCAGAGCAUAAGGAGCGGAUCCUGAAGAUAAAAGAGCAGCUAGCUUCUGCGUUCAACUGUCUGCCGUACCAAAGAGUUAUUCUGACAGACAAAGCAGGUUUGUUGAUGCGUGAAUACUGCAAGUUCAGCGUGUACGACCGCAUGUCCACGCGCCCCUUCCUCACCACCCUGGAGAAGAAAUGGAUCACCUUCCAAGUGCUGUACGCUCUGCACCGCAUGCACAAACUCGGGAUAUGUCAUGGGGAUAUUAAACUAGAAAACAUAAUGGUGACAUCCUGGCUGUGGGUGCUGCUCACAGACAUAGCAUCCUUCAAGCCGACCUUCCUACCCGAUGACAAUCCUGCCGACUUCAGCUACUUCUUCGACACCUCACGCAGGAGGCUCUGCUACGUCGCGCCCGAGAGAUUCGUGAGGGCACCCGACCCACAUAAUAGACCUGGGGGUGAUGACAAAAUGGGCGGGCUGUUGCUGAGUGAAUCGCCCUGUAAAGUCGGUGAACUGGUACCGAGUAUGGAUAUUUUCUCGGCUGGUUGUGCCCUCCUAGAGUUAUGGAACGAUGGUACCCCAGCAUUAGACCUGCCAGGUCUCCUCGCGUACCGUAAUGGCGAGGACAGACCUUCCACCAUGACCCUCAGCACGGAUGACGAAGACCUGAAGAAUCUACUGCACUCCAUGACUGAAAGAAACCCUAAGGAUAGGAAGUCUGCUGAGCUGUAUCUUGAUGAGGCUAGGGGGAAAUUAUUCCCCGAGUACUUUUACUCGUUCCUCCAAUCCUACAUGCUGAUAUUCUCGGGCCAGCCAAUCUUACCAGCGGACGAGAAAAUACUCCGCAUACACCAAGACAUAAAGAACAUAAUAAAAAUAUUCACACAACCCUCAGACGCCAAGAACUACAAAGAUCUGGUCGAAGAGACCACGGAACACCAAUCAGUAGACAAUAUUGACAAAUUAAAGGACAAUUUUAAAGUUUUAAAUGUAAAUACUACGGAUUUUGACGAUGAGGACGAUAAGGCCCCUGAGAUUAAAGAGUUAAGCCCCGACAGUGAAGGGUUGAUUUUGAUUACGUCACUGGUGACGUCAUGUAUUAGAGGGUUGCAUCAUUGUACAUCGAAAUUGUACAGUUUGGAGAUUUUGCAGCUGCUGUGUGAGAAUACUAGCUCGGAAACUAUUUUGGAUAGGAUUCUGCCUUAUAUUAUCGAGUUGUCCCACUCGAGCACGGCCCGCGUGCGCGCGCGCGCAGUGUCCGCGUGCGGGCGCGCGUUAUGUUGCGUCCGCGGUCUGCCGCGCGCGGACUGCAACGUGUUCCCCGAGUACAUCCUGCCCGAGCUGGCGCCGCGCGCCACCGACCCCAGCGUGCCCGUGCGCAUCGCAUACGCUAAUAAUAUCGCGAGGUUGGCAGAAACGGCGGUUCGAUUCCUAGAUCAGACACAGAAUAUGGUGGACAAGGAGGCAGCUAAUAUUAAUUAUGAGACUGAACUGUCGGCACUGCAUGAAAUGGUGCGGUCGACAGUAUCCUACCUGUUGACAGACUCGCAAGCGGUCGUGAAGCGAGCACUGGUAGAGAACGGUAUCACGAAGCUUUGCAUCUUCUUCGGGAAACAGAAAGCGAACGACGUGAUCCUCUCCCACAUGGUGACGUUCCUCAACGACAAGGAGGAGGCGGCACUCCGCGGGUGCUUCUUCGAGAGGGUCGUUGGGGUCGCCGCCUAUGUCGGACACCACGCCGCGCCCAUACUCGUACCGCUACUGCAACAGGGUCUGACGGACCAGUCGGAGUGGAUAAUAUCGAAGGCCCUGCGCGCCACGACCAACCUGGCGGAGCUGGGGCUGCUGAACAAGCAGACGCUGUGCGACCUCGUCGCCGAGAGCGCCGUGUUCCUUGCUCACCCUAACUUGUGGAUCCGGCAAGAAGUGUGUGGUCUAGUAUCGUGUGUGGCGAGCCUAAUGAACCCGAUCGACGUGCACUGCAAGAUACUGCCACUCGUCUGGCCGCAUCUCAAACACAAGCUUAUACAGGUGGAGAGGCCGGAGCUCCUGUUGGAGAGUCUGUCGGAGCCCAUCCCCCGCAAGGUGCUGGACGCAGUGCUGCGCCACGGGGACGUGGAUAGGCUCGUGCACACUCUACGCGAGAGGAGGAACACUCGGCUCAAGGUGAAGCAAGGCACGGUGCCCCAGUACUCGGAGAUGGGCCAACAGCUGAGGAACCUGUUCCGCAGACUGGCAUCCGACGGUAUGACGGAGCACGUGGAGAACCAACUGCUGGCCAUGAGCGCACAUCUCAUCAAGAUACAGGGGUCUUCUACACAGCAUAUAACGGAGGCGCCGGGCCGCCUCGUGCUCCCCGCGUCGGGUAUAUCCCGCGCGGUACAACUGGACACGGGCACUGCGGACGCCAUGCCGCAUGUAGACAAGAUGUAUGCCUCCACACAGAACCGACGCACGCACAAGACGUCAGGGUCGCAGGAGUCACACAUGAACACAGAGUGGCAACAUAUGUUCGGACACUCACACGAAAAUCCCAGAGUAUCGGAGAGCGUGUCCCAGUCGGUGGGGUCGUCGAGCGUGGGCGUGCUGCCCCCCCCGCCGCCCCCCCACCACUCGCAGCUCGCGCACAGCGCCAGCUACGUACAGUAUAGCAUGGCGCCGUGUCGAGUUGAGUUAAGAGAUCUCACAGCGCGCAUGCAGCAGAAGUAUCAGAAGUCUUUAAGGAGCCCGGAGGACCCGGUGGAGUGCAGCGACGAGGCCACGCCCCCGCCCGGCUGGCGGCCCGGGAACCAACUGCUGGCCUAUCUACACGAACACAAAGCCCGAGUGAACCAGCUAGUUUGCCUCCCGGCGUCGCGCGCAGUGUUCGCGUCGUGCUCGGACGACGGCACCGUGCGUCUGUGGGACGCCGCCAGGCUGCAUACUCACGCGCAUAUCAACAGAUCGAAGUCGAUGUACAAUAGAAACGCGGGCCCCGUGGUGUCGCUGGCGGCGUGCGAGGCGGGCCAGUCGCUCGUCGCCGCCACGCAGGAGUCCGUCUUCGUACUACGCGUGGACGGGUCGUCGUCCCGCAUGUCCCUGUCGCAGGGCCGGCAGCUGGAGUCGGACGGGGACGACGCGCUGUGCGUGGCGGCGCCCGCGCAUGGCAACGUCAUCGCAUACGCCACGCUCUUCGCCAACAUCGUCGGAUGGGACCUAAGGGCGCCCGGUAACGCGUGGAAGCUACAAGGCGACCUGAAGCAGGGCGUGACGACGUGCCUGUACGCCGACCCCACCGGGUACCUGGCCGUGGGCACCUCCAGCGGCGCCAUCUGCGUCUGGGACCUGCGGUUCCAUUUACCCAUCACUUCCGUCAGACAUCCUAACUCGGAGCGCGUCCGUCGCAUAGUGGGCGGCGGGUGCGCGGGCGCGGUGUGGGUGGCGGGCGAGCGCGACGCGGCGGCCUGGUCGCUGGAGUCCACGCAGCGCACCGCCGCGCUCUGGACCUGCACCAACUCGCUGCAGCCGCUGCAAUACACGCCUGUUGCCUCUCAGUACAUAAGCUCAAUAUACUGCGGCACCCGCGAGGGCAACCGCUUCGUGGUGACGGGCGGCUCCGACCAGAGGCUGCGCUACUGGGACCUGGAGCACCCUGAGGACUCUUAUAUACUGCUGCAUGCGCAUAAUGACGCGUUGAAAAACUCGCCCGGGGCGCUUAAAUACAGGAGCCGAAUAAUAGAUGGCACCACAGUGAUACAAGAAUGUUGCAAGCUCAACCCUUCGACUCCGGCUUCAAUGCCAGAUGACAACAUAUAUAGGAGUGUGGAGUCCAGGUCGUUCUACCAUACGGCGCCCAUCACAGACCUUACGGUGGUCGAAGGAAGCAAGCCGUAUCUAGUCAGCGCUUCGGCAGACGGCGUUAUCAAUGUGUGGAAAUAGGAGUUAUUUUAAGUGAUUUGCUGGUAAGAAAAUGUGAUUUUUUGUAUUUGAUGAAUUAUUGUGAGUGUAUGUUUGUGUGUUUUUGCUGGUAUAGUUGAAGCAUUGACUGCCGAAAGAAAACUGUUGAAGGUAAAUCCUUGACUAAGCGUCGGUAACUGGUAUCCGGCGUUGCGGUUAAUUUGUUUGGUUUUGAUGAGUUAAAGGAUAUAUAGGUAGGGAUGUGAUGAUAAGAGGCUGGUUUUUGCAAAAUUGACGGAUUCUAUUUUAUUUUUUGAAUGCGUGUGCGUGUAUCUAUGAUGCUCUUCAUUCUCUGAACCCUUAGUACGAGUUUCCUUUACGUUUAAAGUAAUCGAAAAGAGAGCGUGUUCGGCGCUCUGAUUGAUUGGUUUAUUAGCGUAUAUUACGUAAAGCAAAUUCGUACUAAGGGUAAUGUAUACCUAUUUAUUUAUGAUUUAUUGACAAAACCUUUACCAGACAUCAGCGAAAUUGUAAGCAGUAAUAACUAUGUAAACAAAAUGACAGCAAAAAAUAAAUAUUAAUAUUUAUAUAUAUAUUAUUUGACCCUAAAAAUUAAACAAACUCACACACAAUUCGAUAUUGUUUUAGACUAUUGGAAAGAAAGUAAUGUAUUUGACAUGCAUAUAUCGUUUCUAUCGUGUAGGAAUUGGACUUCCCAUGUUAAACUGCAUAUGUCUAGAUUAGGAACUUUUUUAUAUUUUGUUUAAUGGACUUGUACUACGCAACUGGAUUUGCGUAGUAUGACCAUUGGCUGGUCUUGAUAACCUAUUUAUCGAUAGAUUGGGCUACUAGAGAGAGCUCAUAAUAAUAUGAAAUGUACCUCUUCUGUAUCUAUAACCCUCGAAUUCUAUUCACCCCGUUUUACCGUAUUGUAUUUUUGUAAUAACUAUCGCGAGACAAACUAAAUUAACUACAAAUCACGGUUUACUCAAGUACAUUAAUAGAGAAAAGCUCUACUAGUUUCGAGUUACAGAGGAACUCUUAAUCAUGACCAGCGUCCCUACGCGUUGUAUGCCCAUCGCACCCUCUGCCGGCAAAAACGCGCGUUGUGCUCCACCUCUGAUCGCGGGUGCGAUGAUGUUAUGACGCUCGAUAGGUUCACCAACGACGUAGAUAGGUGCGUUUCCCGAGUCGGCACACAGUCAGUAUUACACGUAACGCAACUAGUAGAGCUUAACUCCAUUAGUGUACGUUAGUAAACCGUGAUUUUUACUUAAAAUUUAUUGUGUCAAAAUUCUUUCUAUAUUGACAAAGGUUAUUGAGACUGGCCAUAUAUAUGACUCUAAAAUGAUGUGACCGGUCAUUUAUUUUGAUCGUUAUGUGAAAUUUAAAAUAAAUGUAGGAAUAAUGCGGCUGAAACCGCGCGGCAAAAUUAAGUAUGUUCAUUAACUUAGGGAUUGCGAUUAUGCUCAACAGAUGGCGUUAGUGAGACGUAAGAUGCUUUUAUAAUCUGUUAAUCAAACGUAUGUUUAAAAACGUUGACUAAUGCUUUACGGCCCGUUUCAUAUCCUGUUCGUCCGUAGAAUGUUUUAAUAAAUAAUUUUAAAAUAGCUUUUUAAAUAAUGCAACUAAUGAUUAUAAUAAAAUACUCCAUACAUUGAGACUGGUCGUUGAGCAUUAGUAAAUGUUACUAUAAAAAAAUAUACCGUAUGGAGAAACCUCUUAUGACUUAAUUUAAACCACAUAUUUGUUAUCACCUUGGCUGACAAUAUACGAAAAAAGGAGCGAAAAAGCCUAGUAGGUAAGCCAAAAAGUGCAUUAAUCUCUUUGAGCUAAUUUGGACACUCUUUAUAAAUACAGCAUCGCAACAGCCUCGCCACAUGUCCCUAACAUUCCUAGACAACCUACAAUAUUACAGUUCUUCUGUGAUCAAGAAACUAGUUUUCGUUGAAAUAUUGGGUUUGGAUGAUUACUACUUGUAGUUUCAUUUAAGUCAUAUGAGUGAUCUCCAUACUGUAUUACGUCCCACUGACGAUGGCGCCUCUAUUCGUAGAAUACCCUAAUGAAGCGGCUAAUGCAUAGAGUUAUUUAGAUUUUUAUCUGUGAUCCUGCUUUUUUACGAUAUAAGCUUUGUUAUUUUUGUGUAUAAAAUUAAUUGGUGGACGAAAAAUUAAGGCACUCACUAUUUUUAUCAUUAAUAUUCAACAUCACAUAAAAAAAUGAAAUUUGGACGUCCUCAUGCUUUUUGGAAAAUCAGUUAUGUGGCUUAAUUUUAUUGUCCACCAGUUUAUUUCAUGUCAGGUUUUAUUUUUCAAAGUGGCGAUAUUUUACUCUAUACUCAGCACAAAUAAUAUUGUCAUACUGGCUGACCGUUGAGGCGGUACAUUAUUUUUCUCACAUUUUAAACCUGUCUAGAAUUCCACAAAUAAUGUAAGACCAAAGUAGCGAAAUCGGUCUGGCCCUUUUCGAGUUUUAGCGAGACUUGUGUUGAUCAAUAAUUAAUUUUGCUUUUAUUUGCCCAAAAGGUCAUCAUAUAGUUUUUCAUAUUGUAUCUUAGUUUCGAUUGCGUCCUGUCACUAAAAUUAAUUCGAAAAUGUGUAACUAACCUAGCGGGUUUCCUCAAUGAGCACGAUUAGGAACGGGGUGGUUUAUAGUCAGUAAGAGUCUGAUACUCCCUCUCACCAACCAAGGCGGCAGAAGUCAUUGGAUUAUUCCCCCCCCCCAACAUCAAUUACACUAACUAUCUACAGUAACAUGAUUAAAAUAUCGCUAAAAUGAAAAGUAAAACCUUCUUUUUUACAGUCAAUAUAGAUAAUUUUGAAAGAAAACGACUGAAUAUAAUUGUAUCAAAUGUAUAUUUAAUAGUAUAAUUAAUAAAUCCUUACAUAAUAAAUACCUAAUUAUAAAAUUCGUGGAUAAUAUUUCAGUACGAUGUUUGUUUUGGGACCCGUUUCGAGCUUGAAAGUGUUCGGGGUACCACGAAACAAACAGUUUGUACGUAAUAAUUAUUGUAGUUGGUAAGAUUCUAUUUUUGCAUAAUAAAAAUGUUAUGAGUA